UCUCUCUCUCUCUCUCUCUCUCUCUUUGUCUCUUUCUCUCUAUCAGUCAGCUGAGUUCCCUAGCUUUACUAUAACUCAGCCGAUGUUAGUUUCGGUAAGAGGGGUUGCUGGCGGUGUGUUCUCUGCGCUGCUGACUCCCUAGCAAUGGCGCUGUGGACGGGUCAAGUCUUAUCCCCUUUUGUAGUCGCGGUAGCACUGAUUUUGUUCGCCAGUGGCCCGCAGCCUGUAUAUUCUUGUCCAAGUCGGUGUUUAUGUUUUCGCACUACGGUGAGAUGUAUGCAUUUAAACCUGGAAACCGUACCUGCUGUUGCUCCGUCGACAACCAUCCUAGACCUGAGGUUCAACAAAAUUAAGGACUUACAGUCUGGCUCCUUCAAACGUCUAAAGAACCUCAACACACUCCUCCUCAACAACAACCAUAUCAGACGGAUUCCCAGAGGAACCUUUGAAGACCUGGAAAACCUCAAAUAUCUCUAUUUGUACAAGAAUGAAAUCCAAUCAAUUGACAGACAAGCAUUUAAGGGACUUGUCUCUCUAGAGCAACUGUACCUGCACUUCAACAACAUUGAGUCCUUGGAACCAGAAUCCUUCACCCAACUCCCAAAGCUUGAACGCCUGUUUUUGCACAACAACAGAAUCACCCAUCUCGUGCUGGGGACCUUCUCCCAUCUCCAGUCCAUGAAGAGGCUGCGUCUGGACUCCAACACUCUGAACUGUGACUGUGAGCUGCUGUGGCUGGCUGACCUGUUGAAGCAGUAUGCAGAGUCAGGCAACGCCCAGGCUGCUGCCACCUGUGACUACCCCAGCCGACUGCAGGGACGAUCUGUGGCCACACUCACCGCUGAGGAGCUCAACUGUGAGGUGCCCAGGAUUACGUCAGAGCCCCAGGAUGUUGACGUGACAUCAGGGAACACGGUGUACUUCACCUGCAGGGCCGAGGGAAACCCCAAACCACAGAUCAUCUGGCUCAGGAACAAUAAUGCGCUGAACAUGCAUGACGACUCUCGUCUGAACCUGCUGGAGGACGGUACUCUGAUGAUCCAGGACACGCGGGAGACGGACCAGGGAGUUUACCAGUGCAUGGCCAAGAACGUGGCUGGAGAGGUCAAGACUUCCCAGGUCACACUCAGAUACUUUGGAGCCCCCUCGCGACCCAGUUUUGUGAUCCACCCCCAGAAUACAGAGGUGUUGGUGGGGGAGAGUAUCACCCUUGAGUGUAGCGCUACAGGCCAGCCCCAGCCCCGGGUCUCCUGGACCAAGGGGGACCGCACGCCCUUGCCCACCGACGCCCGUAUCAACAUCACCCCAUCUGGGGGGCUGUUCAUCCAGAACGUGGUGCAAACAGACGGAGGGCAGUACACCUGCUUCGCCUCCAACAACGUGGACACCAUCCACGCCACCGCUCACAUCAUCGUACAGGCGACCCCCCAGUUCACAGUGACCCCCCAUGACCAGUUGGUGCUGGAGGGUCACACGGUGGACUUCACAUGUGAGGCCAGCGGCUACCCCCAGCCCGUCAUCGCCUGGACACGGGGGGGCAGCCCCCUGCCCCAGGACCGACGCCACCUGGCCCUCUCCUCGGGCACGCUGAGGAUCACCCGCGUGGCACCCCAAGAUGAGGGCCAGUAUGAGUGCCAGGCCGCCAGCCCACUGGGCACAGUGCGCACCGCCGUACAGCUUAACAUCCAGCAGAGAGUAACGCCUGUUUUCACAAAUGCUCCAAGGGACGUGACUGUGGAGUCUGGCACGGACGUCCAGAUUCCCUGCAGAGCUCAGGGACAGCCCGAGCCUGUCCUCACCUGGAACAAGGACGGCAUCCAGGUGACGGAAAGUGGAAAGUUCCACAUCGCCCCUGAGGGCUUCCUGGAGGUCAAGGAUGUGGGUCUAGCCGAUGGCGGACGCUACGAGUGUGUCGCCCGGAACCCCAUUGGCUACCAGUCCGCUACCAUGGUGCUCACCGUCCUAGUGCCUCCAGUGAGUAGGCAAGGGGACACCUUUGUGACCUCGUCUAUUGAAGAGGCCAUCCGCAACGUGGACAGUGCCAUCGAAUCCACCAGGAGGCAUCUAUUUGAUGGAAAUCCUCGUACCCCUGGCGAGUUGCUCGCCCUAUUCCGUUACCCCAGGGACCCCUACACGGUGGAGCAGGCUCGGGCGGGGGAGAUCUUCGAGCAGACCCUGCUCCUCAUCCAGAACCACGUCAACCAAGGCCUCAUGGUCGACACCAAUGGCACAGCGUUCCGCUACAAUGACCUGGUGUCCCCUCACUUCCUGGAUGUGAUCGCCAACCUAUCAGGCUGCACGGCCCACCGCCGCUUCAACAACUGUUCUGACAUCUGCUUCCACCAGAAGUACCGCAGCCACGACGGCACCUGCAACAACCUGCAGCACCCCAUGUGGGGCGCCUCCCUCACCGCCUUCCAGCGCCUCCUCAAGUCGGUCUACGACAACGGCUUCAACCUACCACGCGGCGCCAGUGGCCGGCAGCAGCACGGCCAUGCCCUGCCCCUGCCCCGCCUCGUCUCCACCACCAUGAUCGGCACGGAGACCAUCACCCCGGACGACCGCUACACCCACAUGCUGAUGCAGUGGGGGCAGUUCCUGGACCACGAUCUGGAUUCCACCGUUGCCGCCCUCAGCCAGUCACGUUUCUCCGACGGCCAGCUGUGCACUGACGUGUGCACCAACGACGCCCCCUGCUUCCCCAUCCAGUUCCCCCCGGGGGACCCUCGGCAGGCGCGCAGCGGAGCACGCUGCAUGUUCUUCGUACGCUCCAGCCCCGUCUGCGGCAGCGGUAUGACGUCCCUCCUCAUGAACAGCGUGUUUCCACGGGAACAGAUCAACCAGCUGACGUCAUACAUCGACGCGUCCAACGUGUACGGCAGCUCACGCCACGAGUCGGAGGAGGUCCGCGACCUGGCCAGUCAGAGGGGACUGCUGAGGCAGGGCAUCGUCCAACGCUCUGGGAAGCCCCUGCUACCCUUCGCCACGGGGCCCCCGACAGAGUGUAUGAGGGAUGAGAACGAGAGCCCCAUCCCCUGCUUUCUGGCCGGAGACCACAGGGCCAACGAGCAGCUGGGUCUGACAUCCAUGCACACAGUGUGGUUCAGGGAACACAACCGCGUGGCUACAGAGCUGCUCCGACUCAACCCACACUGGGACGGCGACACCAUCUACCACGAAGCAAGGAAGAUAGUUGGCGCACAGAUGCAGCACAUCACCUACAACCACUGGCUGCCCAAGGUCCUGGGUGACGCUGGGAUGAAGCUGAUUGGUGACUACCGCGGCUACAACCCCAACGUCAACGCCGGCAUCCUCAACGCCUUCGCCACGGCCGCCUUCCGUUUCGGACACACCCUCAUCAACCCCAUCCUGUAUCGGUUGGAUGAGAACUUCCAGCCCAUCCCCCAGGGCCACAUCUCCCUACACCGUGCCUUCUUCUCUCCCUUCCGCAUCGUCAACGAAGGGGGCAUCGACCCCCUGCUGCGGGGCCUGUUCGGCGUGGCGGGGAAGAUGCGCGUGUCGACCCAGCUGUUGAACACGGAGCUGACGGAGAGGCUGUUCUCCAUGGCCCACUCCGUGGCACUGGACCUGGCCGCCAUGAACAUCCAGAGAGGAAGGGAUCACGGGAUACCGCCUUACAACGACUACCGGACCUUCUGUAACCUGACCUCAGCACAGAGCUUUGAUGACCUGAAGAACGAGAUCAAGAACCCCCAUGUCAGGGAGAAGCUACAGAGGCUAUACGGCACUCCCCUGAACAUCGACCUGUUCCCUGCUCUGAUGGCUGAGGACCUAGUUCCUGGGAGCCGGCUGGGGCCCACCCUUAUGUGUCUGCUGGCUGCCCAGUUCAAACGACUCAGAGACGGGGACCGGUUUUGGUAUGAAAACCCAGGUGUGUUCACCCCGGCCCAGCUGACCCAGCUGAAGCAGGCGUCUCUGACAAGGGUGCUGUGUGACAACGGUGACAACAUCACCCGUAUCCAGCAGGACGUGUUCAACGUGGCAGAGCUGCCCCACGGAUAUGGCAGCUGUGAUGACAUCCCCAACAUUGACUUGCGCAUGUGGCAGGACUGCUGCGAAGACUGCAGGACCAAGGGUCAGUUCAACGCCCUGUCCUACCAUUUCAGAGGGCGCAGGUCAGUGGAUCAGAGCUCUGCAGAGAAGAAGCCUGCCAACAGCAUACAGCAGAACAUCAGCCCAGCUGAAGACGCUGCUGAAAAUCUUGUGAAUGUCACCCUCACCUCACAACAAAGCACUGAACCCUCGCUGAAUGACUUCCAAGACUUUGUCGUAGACAUGCAGAAGACAAUCACAAGUUUACGAAAGCAGAUUAAACGACUAGAAGCUCGUCUGAGUAAGACAGACUGCACUGAUGCGGCGGGUCGUGAGCGAUCGGACGGAGAGAGGUGGAAGAAUGAUCCAUGUUCCACAUGCGAGUGCAAAGGUGCCCAGGUGACGUGUUUGGUGGAGUCGUGUCCGCCGGUGGAGUGCCAGAGGCCUGUGAAGCUAAAAGGAGCAUGCUGCCCCGUGUGUUACAACCAGGGAGAGGGAGCAGCCAGCAACAGCCAUACCCAGACAGGGAAACAGGCACCGGGUAGCCACCAGCAUGUAUAACGUCUCAGGGGCCACCGUGUAAACACACAGAGGGAGAGACCCUGACGGUGUGCUUACUUUACAGCCACCUGCACCCAAUUGCCUCGUUUUUUAUUCUUUUUUUUUAACAAAAAUCAUAAAUAUUUUUUUUUAUUGAUUCUGAUUGUCAUGUCUCCAUGGCCAACUAACUGCUGGAGGCUUGGUUUCAAAUCCACUGGCAACGGGAGAGCAGUCACUAUUAAUCUGCUUCCUUCUGGAACGAUGAAUGGCUGGAUGAAUAAUUGGAUGGAUGGACAGCUGGACAACCCCCCUUCCUGGCCCGGGGCCUCCCAAACAGGGCCUCAGAUAGUCUCUGAUCUGAAGUGUUACCCCACCACUGCAUUUGAAGGCCCCACAAAAUGGCUGAAACACAUGUGUGGUGUGAAGAAGGAGGGAAUGGCACUGCAGCCGCGCAGGAAGGGGAAGUAGGUCGGCCAUGUUGUCUCACAAAGCUUUCUCAGGUUAGAGAUGCCGAAAAAAAACUGGUGCUAUUUGUCCCCUUUAUCUUAACGAUUUAGUCACUAAAAACGUCAAAGUAUUGUUUUUGUUUUGUUUGUUUUUUAACAGUAUGCAAAGCAACAUAUACACUCAUUAUGUGCCUUCUCAUCUUUAAAAAAAAUCGCAUUUGAGAUAACCUUUUUUUAUUUGCUCGAAAUACAUUUUAUGUACAAAAUUACUUCCGCUUUUACAAAAUGUUUAUGGUGCUCUAUAACAUAUUCUAAAUACCGGUAUGUAUUUCUCCCUUUUGUAUCACCUGCUUACAUAUGAAGAUAAUGUGAAGCCCUACAAAAACUUUUGUAAUGCAAAGAUGUCUACUGAUUAUUACCUUGUUAUCACAUCUGUCUCCAAUGGCAACUGUUGGUGAACUAAAUAACAUCUGGUAUUUAGAUAUGUUAUCUCCUCAAGGCCGUGUCAACACUUUUAUCAACUUGAGGGAUGUUGGUUGGAACUGCGGCUUGGGGUUGGGGUUGGGUUUGAGGCGGGAUGUUCUCUUUUGGCCUAACCACUUCUUACUGGAAGGCAUAAUGCAUUUUUAUCUCUCAAGAUGUAAUGCUUUUUUCACACUCCCAUGCUGUAAAAGCAGUGAAAAUCCAUUUGUUACCACUGUAGAGAUGUAGUAGUUUUUGUCCCAACAUUUUCAGUUUGCCUAAUCCCUCAGUGCCUACUGCAAACCUACCACAGCAGUAUUCUCAGUCUUACACCUAGUUGUCCCAUCCACCCCUCUGUCCAGCAUUAACCCAUACUCAAACGUAGACAUUGUAGGACUGCAGCCAUACCACUUUACUUUAACUAUCUGGUGCUCUCAUAACCAAACCCACAGCUUUUCAGCUCCAGUUUACAGAAGGACGCUCACUCACAUGCAUUCCUUUCCCAUUCCCAAGCACUCAGUCAAUAUGAUGUUGUAACCAUUCUCCUCUGUGUGCUGGAGAGAGAGAGAGUGUGUGUGUGUGUGUGUGUGUGUGUGUGUGUGUGUGUGUGUGUGUGUGUGUGUGUGUGUGUGUGUGUGUGUGUGUGUGUGUGUGUGUGUGUGUGUGUGUGUGUGUGUGUGUGUGUGUGUGACCAAUCAUCCGUUUUUUUCUGACGGCUCCUCGGAGCGUCUCUUUGGUGUUAACGCGGGUGAUAAACCUCGCCUGGCUCUCAUCUCUUAGGUUCCUGGGAGACGAUGGAGAUGGAUGUGACGUCAUUUGGCCGGGUGUGCGAGGCGCAGACUUUGACCUCUCUGACCCCCACUUCUAUCUAAUGGAAGCCAGAUGGGAGGGGAGGGGGAACGGGAGAGGAUGCCAAUCAAAUAUCUGGCACUGCUUUAUUUCUGGAGGCUGUCUAUUGUUAGUAAUCAGCCAACUGAGUGUGUCCCGCUGACAGACACACACACAUACAGGCCCAAAUACCAGUCACUCAGCCCCUUGUGCUGGUCCACUCUGCUCAAACAGUGAUUCAUAGUUAUCUUCUGCAUUAUCUUUGUGUUGUCAUGGUGAUGUGCUCAGAAUGUCCCAGAAAUCCGAUACAGUAUGUACAGUAUGCUGGAGGUGUUUGGGGUUUCUCCAAGAAUGUCAAAGCAAUCAUGUGAUGGUGGUGGAGCCUCAUAGCAAUGUUGGCACAUUGGUAUCAAACCACAUGGAUAUUUCCUGCUUUUGUGUUGUAGACCUAUACAGUUUCAUCUCCUUCGGUGUUUAACCUUUUAUUUUCUCCUCCCUGUCAUUGCCUUUGCGGUACCAUUGUUUUUACUCCUGCUCCAGUGUGUGUGUCUGUACAGUGUGUGUGUGAAUGUGUAUGCGUGAACUCCCAGGGUUGGGCUCCCUUUUUAUUUUCAUUCUAACCCCUCAUCUUAGUGGUCUCUCUUUUGUUCCCCAAACCCACCACUGUCAACGGAAUGCACUGCUCUACCAGACUGAACAUGCUUCACCUACACUGUCCCAACGUCAGUGGUCAAAGUGGAUACCUAUCUGACAAUUGUAUUGUAAGUUUGCCAAAGAAUUGUUUGCACUGUAAUGUACGCCUCUACAAUAAUAAUAAUAAUAAAAAUAGGCCACAUUUGAAAUACCACAA